GUCACCGGGCAGCAUGCUGUACGCCCUGCUCCUGUUUGGCCUCCUGGGGGCCGCCCAGGCCAGUCCUAUCUCAGGCCCCCAGGAGUGUGCCAAGGGCUCUGAGGUGUGGUGUCAGGACCUGCAGGCUGCUACAAGGUGCAGGGCAGUGGGAUACUGCCAGAGUGCCGUCUGGAGCAAGCCUACCACCAAGUCACUGCCCUGCUCUGUGUGCCAGGAUGUGGCAGCCGCCACCAGCAACCGGCUGAACCCCAAGGCCACCGCUUCUGACGUCCUGGCAGCAAUGAUGAAGACCUGUGAGUGGCUUCCCAACCAGGAGUCCUCAGCCAAGUGCAAGUGGAUGGUGGACACACACAGCCCAGCUGUCCUGAGCAUGCUCAGUGGAGCCCCAGACAGUGCUCCGGCUCCAGUGUGUGCUGCGCUCACCCUGUGUGAGCCACUGCAGAGGCACCUGGCCACCUCCGAGAGGCCGCUGUCCCAGGAGGAUGCAGCUGAGGUGAUGGCUCCCUUCUUGGCCAAUGGGGCCCUCAGCUUCCACCCACCACAGAUUCCCGGGGGCAUCGUGUGCCAAGACUGUGUCAGGCUGAUCUCCCGGCUCCAGGGGGCUCUGGAAUCCAACUUGAGCUUGGCAGAGGUGGAUGUCCGGGAGCAGUGUGAGUCCCUGGGGCCUGGCCUGGCUGCCCUCUGCAAGAACUACAUCCACCAGCUCUUUGUCCCUGCUGAGCAGACCCUGAGGGUUCUCCCCCCACACGAGGUCUGCACCAAGGGGGGCUUCUGUGAGGAGCAGAGGGGGUCUGCCCAGUGGCUGGCACAGGUGGCUGCUGUGGAUGGGGUCCCCUCCCUGGACCUGGGGCUGCCAAGGAAGAGCAGUGAGAUGCAGAUGCAGUCUGGCCUGACGUGUGAGGUGUGCCUCAACGUAAUCCAGGAGCUGGACCAGUGGCUAAUGACCAAUAGCACCGAAGCCCUCAUCAGUCAUGCUCUGGAGCACGUGUGUUCCAUGAUGCCCGUUUCCUUGGUCCAGCAGUGCAUCACCCUGGUGGACACCUACAGUCCCAGCUUGGUGCAGCUGGUGACCAGAGUCACCCCAGAGAAAGUGUGUGAGACUAUCCGGCUGUGUGGCAGCCGCAGGCGAGCCCGGUCCAUCCCCAAGGCUGAGGUGACCUUGCCAUCCCUGCUGGUGGAUGAGGAAAACCAGGGUAGCUUCUGCCAGGGGUGCAAAAGGCUGUUGGGCAUGUCUUCCCAGAACCUGGACCGCAAGAGCACCAAGCGGGACAUCCUGAAGGCCUUCAAGGGCGGGUGCCGUAUCCUGCCACUGCCCUAUGUGAUACAGUGUAGCCGCUUUGUCACUGAGUAUGAACCCGUGCUCAUUGAGAGCCUGAAGUUCAUGAUGGACCCCACAGACCUGUGCAAGAAGAUGGGGGCCUGCCACAGCUCCAGGACCCCGCUGCUGGGCACCGACCAGUGCGUCCUGGGACCCAGUUUCUGGUGCAAGAGUCCUGAGGCUGCUGAGAUGUGUGAUGCCCUGGAACACUGUCAGCGCCUUGUGUGGAGAAAGCCAUCCUCCCAGGACAACGAGCAACCAUCACUGCAGCCACCAGAACCCAGAGCCUGACAGGGCUGGCCCCACCCAGGGGCUCCUGCCCUCCACAGGGACCCCAUGAGGUGGGUGCUGUCCAACCCCCAUGUCACAGAUGAGAAACUGAGGCUCUGGGAAAGAAGGCUGGGGCAGGGCGGAGCUGACAUUCAAAACCUUGCUCUCCUGGUCCUGGACUGUUCAUCUUCAGGUCUGUGCCAGGUGGCUCUGCCCUUGCAAGUGUCUCUAAAAAUCAGGAAGUCCCCCGACCCUAACUCAGCCAGCCUGCCUCCCUCUCCACUCCAUGAUGCUGAGGCCUGGGGGAACCUGACAGAGGCCUCUGAUGUAGGGGAAACACCCAGCUGUGAACCAAGGCAGGGGCAGAGGGAAGGGUAGAGGGGACCGUCACUAGUCAGGCCCAUUGGUCCCUCUGCUCAGUGUGGGGGUCUCACUCACUGGGCUGCAACUCAAACUGGAGUCUCUGAAGCUGAUGCCCAAAGGUGGGAUGUGAGUGGCUCUGAACUUAACUUCUCUGGGGGAGGAACCUGGAGAUGUGACCACCACCCACGAGGAGCAGCUCUGUCUAUAACUUGUCCCACUAAGAAGAACCUGUCCUCUCAUGCAGACUCCAGCCACCUUGGUGCUGAGCAGAAGUCUUGUGGUGUGCUCUAAGCUGGGAUAGCCAAACAUGCUGGGCCAGCCCCUGGGGAUGGCCCUGGUGGAUGUGAAGUGACUGUGGGCACAGGCAGCAGCAAGACCCCCAGCCUGGAGAGCAGGUCCUUUACCUGUCAAGCCUCAGUUUUCCCAUCUGUAGAAUGGGAGGAUCAUGUCUGCCUCAUAGGAAUGUUGAGACAAUUUGAGGAGACAAGUUCCUUGCCCCAGAGACAAGCACCCAUUGAUCUACCAAAAUGAGUAAAAUCCAUCUUGGGGACUGGCAGGGACCCCAAGGAAUCUGAUGAACAAGUGUUAUAUAAA